UCAACACCUGCAGGCGGGAAACUCCGUGACUUUAUCGGACCUGAACGGCAACAAGAACUGGAAGCGCCUGUUGAAGUUUCCGCUGAAGGAAAACAAGCUGAAGGCGGUCCGCGCGAAGCUGUUCCAGAAACACCCGGAUUUGUUCUUCGUCAAAGACAACGAGGAGGUCUGCGCGCUGUUUCCUGGCGGGUUGGGAGGGCGGGGUGA